UUGUUGUGCAUAUUAAAUCAUAUAACCGUAAAUUAACGUCCCAUUAUAAGAAAUCUUGUUUAUUUUGGCGGCAUCAAAACCGCUACUACCCACUCACUCCAAUCCACUCACCACCAAAAUCCAAUCUCUCUUCAAACAUUUCCUACUAUUUAUCACUCCAACUAUUCUUCCACAACAUCUCCAACUAUCAACAAUAUGGGGAGUUAUGUUGCCACCCCAUUUUCUUUGUCUAGUCUUCUCUGCCAUGAACAAACCGAUUCCACAUUCUUCUUUCAACAAGAUGAUGAUGAUGAUGAACAUGAAAACACCAUCUUCAUUAACUCAUCACAUAAUAUUCUUGAAGAUGAAGAGGAUGAUGAAUACAUUGAAUAUCUAUUCAAACAAGAAUUAGGAUUUGGUUCCUCCACCACUCAUUUCUUAUCCUACCAUCAUGAUGUUGAUGAUGAUAUAUUCUGGUUGAGAAAUGCUCGUUUACAUGCCAUUGAUUGGAUUUUCAAUACACAAGCAAAAUUUGGAUUCACACUCCAAACAGCUUAUUUAUCAAUCACUUAUUUCGACCGUUUUCUCUCAAAACGAUCCAUUGAUGAAUCAAAACCAUGGGCUAUUCAAUUAUUAUCAGUGGCAUGUUUGUCAAUAGCAGCAAAAAUGGAAGAACAAAGAGUUCCUCCAUUAUCAGAAUAUCCAAUACAGUUUCGAUUUGAGAACAAAGUGAUUAAGAACAUGGAGAUUUUAAUUUUGACUACUUUGGAAUGGAAAAUGGGAUUACCAACACCUUUUGCUUUUUUACAUUAUUUCUUCACCAAGUUCUGCAAUCAAUAUUCAAGAUCAGAAACAAUAAUCUCAAAAGCCACACAACACAUUGGAACAUUGGUCAAAGAUUUUAAUUUGAUGAAUCAAAGACCAUCUAUAAUUGCUUCUGCUUCUAUAUUAGCAGCUUUUGAUUCUUCAUUAACUCAGAAGGAAAUUGAUAUUAAGAUAAAGCUAAUCUCAUCAUGGGGAAAUAUAGAAAGUGAACAAGUAUUUUCAUGUUACAAUGUUAUACAAGAAAAGAAGAGAGACAAGGUUAAGAAGACACCUUCCUCGGAUUUAUUAUCAAAAGAGUCGAAUUUGACUUAUGUUGUUGAGAACAAAUCUAGUGGUUUUUCAGGAGUUAAGAGAAAGCUUGGCUAUGAGAAUAUUGAAGAUUUUCAAGAACAAAAGCUACAUCGACCUUAGUUUGUGAUUUUUUUAUAGGAAAAUUAAUUGAUUUGAUUGGUAUUUUUUUGUAUUGUUUUUAGUUAAUUAAUAGGUCUAAUGAGUAUCAUUCACCAUUUUUAUGAAUGAGUUGGUAUUGAUUUGAUAGCAUUGAACCAAGAACAAAAAAGUUUUUGGGAGUGACAAGUGAGAAAAAGAGUAAAUAAAUGAAAAGGUUGGUUGUAGAUUUUGUUUAGAGAAUGAAUGGUGAGUGAGUGAAUGAAAGUUCACAAGGAUUGUGGUGGUGAAGUGAAAGUGAAAGCAAGAAAGAUAUGUGGAGUGUGUAAGUGGAACACUAUUUAUUAAUUAUUCAUAGUGAUAGUGUUUGCUUUUACAACUGUAAUUUAUUUGUUUUUUUUUGUUUCAUUUAUUUGAUUCUUUUGUUGUGAAUGGAAUUAUUGAAGUACUACUACUACUUGCACUUGGGAUGCUUUGCUUUAGGGGUGGACAACAUGGAACCAACCGAGAAAAACCGUCCGACCCGUAUGAAUAUUUUAGCCUUCGGUCGGGUUUAUUCGGUUCUGCGGUUUGUGCGGGUGAAAACAACGGAUUUAAAGGGGUAAGUGUGGUCGGGUUCGGAUAGAUUUAUUGAACCCGUCGGACCCCGAACCCGACCGAUAGUUUUAUUAUUCUAUUGGUUUGUUACUCAGUUUUAUCCAAAUAACACAGCCCAAUUUUCAGGCCCAGAUCAAUUUGAUAAAACCACUUUGUAACCCUAAUCUCAUUCAUUCAUUCAUUCUUACGGAAAUCAAUCCGCCGCCGCUCUCCCUCAUUCCUUCAUCUUCUUUGUUGCUACCAUGAACAACAAUGAACAAUCACUCCGUUCCUCUCUUUGUUUAUUAUCACGUCUCUUCCCUUCAAAAUACAAGGUUCAUUUUGAAAUCUGACCCAACCCCAAUCGAUCUGUAAACAAUAUCGUCUCAAUACUUGAAGAAAGACGACUUACUAGUGUUUGUUUGAAAGCCACCCCUGUCAUCUUCUUCCUCUUAAGGAGUAUCAAUGGAGUUUCAAAGGCAAUUGGAGCAAAAAGUGUUUGAGAUGAGUUUUACAAGAUUUAUGAUACUGAGAUACUUUGGGAGUUUUGGAGAGGUAUGAUAUUAUAUAGAUUUGUUUUUAUAGUUGAGUUCCUCUGGAUGUAUGAUACUGAGAUACUCCUCUGGAUGUUUGAAUAUGGUUUUAUAGUUGAGUUUUGUUUUUAUAUAAUUAAUUCAUUAGAUUUGUUUCAUCAAACUUUUUAAUUUUCUGAAUUUUUUCUAAUAUCAGUUUUAUUUUUUCUAUGUAGGAUCUUGUUGUGUAUGGAUAAUUAUAGCAUAAUAAAGGAGGAAAUUGCUUUGUCUUGUGUCUGCUUCAAGGCUUCAAGUCUAUUUAUCAACAUAGAAAUUGAAGGAAAAAAAUUGAAAAGAUUAUAAUCAAGAAAUAGAAGACAAAUUUGCCUCAA